CUCGACAAAUUAGACCUAACAAAGGCAGAUACUUGCUCAGCCCCCCUGAAACACAUGUCAUUGAUCAAUCGCCCUCGUGUUACAGUCAACGGAAUCAGAAGAAUGAGAACUUUUCAUUACUUCUGGUGUCAAAAUUGCCAGCGUACGUUAAGGUUAACCUCCUUAAACCGACUUGAAAUCUUUUGUCCGCAUUGCUUUAGGGAAAUAAAUCAUGAGCUAGAUGUAUCAAGGCCCAGGCUUAUUGCUGAUCUAUCUGGCUUAGAGCCGUCUCCAGGUGCACGGUUGUUGGACUCUUUGGCGCAAAUGCUCGAUCGUCCUACAAGGCGGCAGGAUGCUGAUUUUGGUAGAAGAAUCAGAUGGGUACCUGGAAGUGCCAAUGGACCUUGGAUUACCCUCCAGUUUGUGGAUCCUCCAAGCCUGCAAAGACCUGCUAUCGCGGCACCACGGCCUGUUGUUCCUCCAAGUAAUAGUAGUGAUAACAGAAGCCAUAUUGACAAUUUUGGUAACGAUGAAGAUGAUCUGCUCCUUCAAGAUACGACACAUACUGAACUGCUAGGGCCACCUCCUGCACCAGUUUCGGCAAUUGAAGCGUUGCCGGUGGUGAAAAUCACUGAACAACAUUUGAUGAACGACAUGCAUUGUCCUGUAUGUAAGGAGAUAUUUGAGGUUGGUGGUGACGUGAUGGAGCUACCGUGCAAGCAUUUGUACCAUUCUGAUUGCAUUGUUCGUUGGCUGAACUUGCAUAAUACUUGCCCAGUUUGCCGGUAUGAGCUAUGUGACGAAUCUGACAAAGAUCUUCCAGGUGAAAAUGCUGAGUUUUUUGUCUUUGAAGAGCUGACAAACAGCAUAAAUUGGCUGAGGAAUCAGCUCCAUUCUUUACAGCCGAUUCGUGCAUUUUCUGAUUGGACACAGCGAUACCUUGAUUUCUUAGACAGUAGACUUGCUACUUCGCGUGGAGCCAGCUCUUGGUGGCGUUCUUGGUUCAUUUUUUAACUCUGAAUUCCAAAUGCCUCCCAGCUUUAAAGCUGUACAUAUUAGCCUCAUAAUUGAAUCAUUUCUUAGGCAGGUAUGUCCAUCUACCAUUAAUUUUUAAAGGUAGCAGGGAUGAAAGAUAUCGAACCAGCUUACCAGGUAUGUGAUACGUAAAUUUCUUUAUUUUUCUACUUUGAUGUCCUUAAAAUGCCUCCAUUUUCCUAACCCAAGUUUUUGUUUCUUAUUUAGCAGUUGCAAAAAUGACUACAUCUGCUAUAAGAAUAGUUCCAUUUGUUCUAAUGUUUCUCUCUUCUGUCAAUUGUUACAUUUUCAUACAUAUUAAAAAAAUAUUUAUGCAUGGUUCUAGGUGAAGGAGGAUCUUCAUAUUUGAUCUUCCUAGCGUGAUCAAGGUUGGGAGAAUGAAGAGAGUAGUUUGAGAAAGAGAAGCCUUGAGAGUUGGCUGUAAAAACAAACAUGUUGUCACUGUAAUGCCAUUAAUUGAUAGAAUCAAUGGCAGAGCUACCUUAGGGCCAGUAGGGGCCUUCACCCCUUUGGAUAUUAAAUUUAUUAUUUAUUAUAAAUGGUAUAUGCUUUGUGUAAAAUAAUUUGAAAGCUCUAUAUAUCCAUGCCAUAAGAUCAGAAAUAUCCCAUUUUCAU